AGGCGGCGGGCUGUAAUUGUGCGGCUCACGAUGGCGGCAGGUUUGAGCGAGAAACAACUGGGAUUCCGGGUGUUGCAGAGACUGAUGGAUGUGAAAUGCCCAUUUGUGGACGAAAUUCAAGAGGAUGAUUCAGAUACAGUUAUUCAGUUACUAUGCACGCCGGGAGAGGACAGACUCCAGAUCUUAGAAUGGUUAUGCAUCAGCUUUGAUCCACGACUCAAAAGAAAAUUUGAAGAACUACGUUAUCAAUCCAUGCAGGACCAUGGAACAGAACUUGUGAUAAAACAAAUGACCUGGCUUGGGGAUAGCUUGGGAGUGUGCAAUGCAGAGGACUUUGAUCUCUUUAGGGGCCAGGCAAGUCCCUUGAGACAAUUAAUGAUGAUGGAUCAGAUGUUAAAAGGCCUUCAAGAAGUUCAGCACGUUUGUGCAUCAGCCUCAACAGACGUAGAAAGUAUUAGCAAGUGUAUUAAAAAAUCAAAUGACCAGCUGCUAUAUGAUGUUCUGAGUGAUCGUCAACUUUGCUUGCCAGAAAAUUUGAAAUGUAAUCUCUCCCUUGAUGCACAUAGACUCCUUAAGAAAGCUGAAGCCAGCUUUGAUUCACGAGGAAAAAUGAAAUCCUCGCCACCUUCUUUUGAAUCGCUGGAGAAAUUGUUGACAAAGCUUUCAGAGGAAUUAAAAGAAACAAAUGGACAACUUGAAGAGAUGAAGAAAACAGUUGCUGUUAAUGGAUCCAUUGAAAGUAAUGAUACCAUCAUCCAAACCUUGAAGCUCACACUUUCAGACUUUCAUCAGCUGAUGACUGUGUUUUCUGUGGCAUAUGAUCAUGUACUUGGUGUAAACUGUAAUAAAGCCUCACCUCAGCUCUGCAACUAUGGACCACUAUCUAAAACUGUACAUAACCUGCUAACAGAUUGUACCAAUGAGCUUGCUGGCUUGGCAGAGAUAAAUGUCACGUGCACAAAGUUGGAGGAGAUUGUAAACGGACUACAGAAAGAUGCCAUAACGUGGGAUAGUGGUGAAAUUGCUACACUACCAAUACGAGUGAAAGGGAUGAAGAGGAAAUAUGCAGGUUUUCUGGAAGCUUUUCAGAGCCAUGCCUAAUUAAGUUGUACUUCUGUAGAAUAGUCUUGCCGAGCUCUCUCACUUAUUUUUUGAAAAUAAAAAUGCUUUUUUAUGAAAAAUAUUUCAGAUUUUAAAGCUUUCUAAAAAAAUUUGUAUUGUGCAGUAAUUAGCAAUAAUUAUUAAAAAUUUUUUUACUAAGUUAAAAUUAUCUCAUGUUUCAUUAGCUGGGGGUAGCAUUGUGCUUAAACAUUUUCAACAUUAGUAGUCUUGUGAUUUUAUUUGUUUAAUGGUUAAUGUUGUACAUGUCCUAAUUGAGAAAUUGCUGAAAAAGUGCUUUCUAUUUCACUUUUACUGAGAACAUCCUGUUUGAAAUGUGCAAAAGUGUUAAUAGUUGAUGUUCUUUAUAUUCAGCACAGUAUCUUAGCUGCCAGCUGUGUGUCAUGUUCAGUUCUCUAGGCUUGGGACAGGAGAUUGUGGGUAUCAGUCCUAUCACAGAUUUGCAUUUUAUAAGCUAUCUUAAGCUGACAUUGCAAUUUAGUUCCCAGAAAGGAUUACUUAGUGGCUGUUCCAUCUUCUUGAUAAGAUUUAAAAACUGAGGCCCUGUCCAAUUCAUCUGAAUUCAAAACAUCCCACACCAUUAUUUCAAAGAACAGUACACACGGUUAUGUAGAGCAUGCCCAUCCACUGUCCUUUCAUCAACAUCGCUACAACAGAUUUAUCUGAUCAUAAUAAGUUUAUGGAGCUUUGCAUGGGCAAAUUUGCAAUUGCAUUUCCGAUACAGUGCUCAUAAAAAGUAUUCACCCCCCUCUCCUCUUGGAGGUUUUCAUGUUUUAUUGAUUUACAACAUUGAAUCACAGUGGGUUUAAUUUGGCUUUUUUUGGCACUGAUCAACAGAAAAAGACUGUUGUGUCAAAGUGAAAACAGAUCUCUACAAAGUGACCUAAAUUAAUUACAAAUGUAAAACUCAAAAUAAUUGAUUGCUUAAGUAUUCACCCCUCCCCCUUUAAUAUGACACACCAAAUCAUUACUGCUGCAGCCAGUUGGUUUAGAAGUCACAUAAUUAGUUAAAUGGAGAUCUAUUUUGGGAGACUUGUGUGCAGUCAAGGUGUUUCAACUGAUUGUAGUAAAAAUACACCUGUAUCUGGAAGGUCUGACUGCUGGUGAGUCAGUAUCCUGGCAAAAACUACACCACGAUGACAAAAGAACACUCCAGGCAACUCUAAAAAGCACAAGUAAGGAGACGGAUACAGGAAAAUUUCCAACUCUCUGAAUAUCCAUUGGAGUACAGUUAAGUCAAUCAUCAAGAAAUGGAAAGAAUAUAGUACAGCUGUAAAUCUGCCUAAAGCAAGCCGUCCUCAAAAACUGAGUGACUGUGCAAGAAGGGAUCUAGUGAGGGAGGGCACCAAGAGACCUAUGCCAACUCUGGAGGAGCUACAAGCUUCAGUGGCUGAGAUGGGAGAGACUGCACAUAAAAAAACUGUUGCCCGGGUGCUUCACCAGUUGCAGCUUCAUGGGAGAGUGGCAAAGAGAAAGUCACUGUUUGGGGAAAAAAAAACACAUGAAAUCUCAGCUGGAGUUUGCAAGAAGGUAUGUGGGAAACUCUAAAGUCAGCUGGAAGAAGGUUCUAUGGUCUGAUGAAACUAAAAUUGAACUUUUAACUACCAACCAAACACUGCAUAUCAUCAAAAACACACCAUCCUGUAUCUAGCUGUGGGAAUGCUUCACUGCAGCAGGCCCUGGAAAGCUUGUGAAGGUAGAUGGUAAAAUGAACAUUGAGGGUAAAAGGACAUUGGACCCAUGAACACUACCUCACUUAAUAUAUAUUAUUUCUGUUUUUUGCAUGAUUUUUAAUCUAUUCAAUAUAUACUGAAAUUGAUCAUUUAUUUAUUUUCUUCUAUAUUAUCUAUUGCAUUGAACUGCUCCUGCUAAAUUAACAAUUUUAACGACACAUGCCAGUGAUUAUGAUUCUGAAAUAAAUGCAGCAAAUUACAGGGAAAUCCUGGAGGAAAACCUGAUGAAGUCAGCAAGAAAACUGACUUAGGAGGAGAGUUGUUUUCCAGUAAGAUGAUGACCCCAAGCAUAAAGCCAAAGCUACACAGGAAUGGCUUAAAAGCAACAAAGUUAAUGUCGGGGAGUGGCCAAGUCAGAGUCCAGACCUCAAUCCAAUUGAGAACUUGUGGCUGAACUUGAAAAGGGGCUGUUCACACACAAUCCCCAGGCAAUCUGGCAAAGCUUGAGCAGUUUUGUAAAGAAGAAUGGGGAAAAAUUGAGUGUCCAGAUGUGCAAAGCUGAUAGAGACCUAUCCACUCAGACUCAAGGCUGUAAUUGCUGCCAAAGGUGCAUCUCCUAAAUACUGACGUGAAGGGGGUGAGUACUUAUGCAAUCAAUAAUUUUGUGUUUUAUAUUUGUAAUUAAUUUAGAUCACUUUGAAGAGAUCUGUUUUCACUUUGCCACAAAAGUCUUUUCAGUGUCAAAAAAGCCAAAUUAAAUCCACUGUUAUUCAAUGUUGUAAAACAAUAAAACAUGAAAACUUUCAAGGGGGAUGAAUACUUUUUAUAGGUAUUGUAUCACAGGAGUGAACACAUUUAAAAGCAUAAUUAAUAUUUUGGGAAUGAUGUUAAAAUGUUUAAUACUAUCUGAAUUUGAGUCUCCUUGCAUACCUCACAGUUUUAAUUAUUUUCCCUGUAAUAUUGAGCAAUAGAUAAAAGAUUUAUUUAGAAUCCCUGUGUAAAAUGUUCAUACUGAUUACAUGAAAACAUGAUUGAAUAUACAUUAUUUAGAGUAACAAUGCAAAAUGCUGAAGGAGCUCAGCAGAUCAGGUGGCAUCUAUGGCAAGGAAUAAAGAUUCAAAGUUUCGGGCUGAGACCCUUCAUCAGGAUUGUAUCAGAGCCACUGGAUAGUAAUCAUCAAACCACAUUACCUUAGUAUUCUUUGGUACAGGAUAAGUGAUGGUCUUAACAGGUGGCAACCAACGUUUGGGAUAGGGAAAGGGUUAAAGGUGCCUGAAUACUCCCAACAGUUUAUCAACACGGGAUCUAAGAACACAGCCAGGGCUUCAGCAAGGCCAGUAGUUUUCUGCAAGUUCACUUUUUGGUAAGCUCAACUGUCAUCUGUGACAGGUGAAUCAGAGGGUGUUUAGACAGAUGACAUAAUUUCUCUGUCUACCUAUAUAUACAAAACUGUAUAGGAUGCAUUGAUCUCAUUGGGUUGAUGUCAGCAGUACUGCAUGUCUUCAUUUUGUAGCCCGUUUAGCAUGCAAACCUUCCACAAUCAAUGGCUAAUCUGGGACUCUAGCUUGGUAUGGUAUGAACUCAUGCCAUCCCUGUUGUCUUUGAGCAGGUUGUAUCUAGAUUUCAUACACUGGUUCGAAUCACCAGAUUGAAUGUCUUAGACCUGGAUUUCAGUAGGGAGUGGACCUCUGGGGUUGUUUAAAGUUCCAAUAAAAAUAC